AUGAUGGCGCCCUACAACCAACUCGAACCUGAAGAGGUCACCCACAUCAAGGGGCUACAUGAGGCAGAUCCCACGUACUGUCAGAUCAAGGACCGUGUGGGGUUACCAAUCUCCACCAUCUCAAGCGUCCUCACGGAGAAGACUAAGAAGUCCAAGAAGCCAGUCGGUCUUCCCCCGAAGCUCUUCGAUCGCGACACACGCCAUCUCAUCUGCACCACCUCCGAAGGCCAAGCCAAGUUCAGUAAGAUGGAGGCCGACCUCGAGCUAAAGUGCAGCGCUCCCCUUGGUUAA